AUGCCAGAGGGCCUCCCGAUCGAUAAAGACGGCAAGCUAAACGGUCUGAUAUCUAAUUACGCAGAGCAAUUGCUCGUCUGCACCGGCAAGUCGGACUGGCCGUCGCGCAUCGAGGAGGACAACAGCGGAGACAAUCUGGCCGCCGACCUCAAGGAGCUGCUCGGCCGGGGUGGCGACUAUAGCGAUCCAUUCCACAACAUCUCUGUCCUCAACUCCUCCUUCCCAUCCGCUAUCUCGCAACGUCCCGAGGUCCAGACCACGUCGGCGUACCUGCUCCCCAGCUUCAAAUAUAUCCCCUUUCUGCCCCGCGUCUCGUUUGAUUCGGUGCAAGCGCUGGUCAAGGGCUAUCUGCUUCCCGAAAAGUUGCACCCCAUGCAUGAUGGCCUGUCGCCUAUACACAAGGACCGGCUUACGAGGAAGGAGGCUUACCGGGCUUUGUUGUAUGGCGUGCGCGAUGUGCAGGACGUGCUCGUGCUUAUAUGCGGUCACGGAGGGCGAGAUAUGCGGUGUGGUGUCAUGGGCCCGGUGCUGCAGAGGGAGUUCGAAGAGAAGUUGCCGAGGGCGGGGUUUCAGGUCAUGAAGGGGCCUGCUGUGGAUGAGAGCCUGACUGCGCCGCAGUUAUCAGGAAGCACUGAGAAUAUGACCUCAACGGCUCGAGUGGGACUUAUCAGUCACAUUGGAGGACAUAAGUUUGCUGGGAACAUCAUAAUAUAUCUGCCGCCCAAGCUGACUAUUAGGGAUAACUCGCCGCAUCCGCUUGCCGGAUAUGGGGUGUGGUAUGGGAGGGUCGAGCCGAAGCAUGUGGAAGGAUUGAUCCUGGAGACGAUGCUAAAUGGCAAUAUUGUCAAGGACAUGUUUAGGGGUGCGAUUAAGCAGAAUGGGGCAAUACUCCGUUUAUAG